AUGCAAUGGAACAUGGAUCGACGAUUAAAUUCAACAUUACACUUAGAAGAAUAUACUAAGUUUAUCACCAAAAGCACCUUGGUAGCAACGCAAGAAGAUAUUCCACGUAUCAAGCAAAGGAUUACAUCGUAUUCACCAAGUGAAGUCUCGAAAAACUUGAUUCAACUCAAACAUCAAGCAUGUCGAAGAUGGAGGAAGACUAGAGAUGAUGUAGACAAACACCAGUACUACAAGUCAAAAGUCCUACUUACAAAUUCACUUGGAAACGACAGAAGAAACAAAUUUAACAAGUUAAUGUCUUCAUUAUGUCAGAAGAAAAUGUAUCCGGAUGCAGUUUGGCGAACGGUGCGCAAGUUCCACAACAAGCGGAUCAAACAAACCUAUCCAAACGUCAUGAAAUACAACAACACUACAGCAAAACCAGACAAGGAGAAGGCAGAUCUUUUUGCGGUUUAUUUCCAAAAUAAGGUCUACUUCGAAGCGCCUGACUCGCUGCCUUUUCAUGAUCAAGUAACUCGUCGAACAGCCUGCGUUAGAAAAGAAAUGACAACGAACUCAAACAAAACUAAGUGGACACAAAUCAAUGUCAAAGAAGUUAAGUAUCGUCUGAAACAACUUCGAAACAGCGCCACAGGUCCUGACAACAUCCACAAUAGGUGUUUGAAAAAUUAUUCAAAAUUACUUGUCCAACAUCUCACGACCUUGUAUAAUGAAAUUUUGAAUUACGGUUACAUUCCUGACGCGUGGAAACAGGCAAAAAUUAUUCUUCUCUUAAAGCCGACGAAAGACAAACAACAACCGUCUAGCUAUCGGCCCAUUAGUCUCUUGAACUACUUAGGCAAGUUACUGGAGAAAAUAGUCAGACAACGUCUAAUGUCUGAACUUAAUCGACGCAACAUCUUACCAGAACAUCAAGCUGGCUUCAGACCAGGAAAAGUACAGUAUACAAUAUCGUGA